AUGGGCUUUGAUAUUGAAAGAUUUCCCAAUAUUAUUGAUGAAGAAUUAAUUUGUUCUAUUUGUGGUGGUGUUCUACAAGAUCCUCUACAAAUACCAUCAUGUGAACAUAUAUUUUGUCGAAGAUGUAUUGAAGAAUGGCUUUCACAAACACAAAUAUGUCCUGUCGAUCGAACACCAAUAGAAAUGAAUCAAUUAAAGCUCGUACCACGAAUUCUUAAAAAUUUACUUAAUCGUUUAGAAAUCAUGUGUGAAAAUGAAGGUUGUACAACAGUAGUCAAAUUAGAUGUUCUCCCAAGUCAUUUAGCUGAUUGUGAAUAUGAUAAAAACAAAUUAAUUCAAUGCAAGAAUGGUUGUGGACUGAUAAUUUCAAAAGCAAAUUAUCAAAAUCAUAAUUGUGUUCAAGCAUUAAACAACGAACUUAAUAAUGUUAAAAAUGAAUUAGAAAAAUAUAGAAAUGAUGUUGAUUUUUAUAAAAAUGAAACAUUUACACUUCAGGAAUUUAUUCGUGUUAGUCGUGCGAAUAGUCUAGCAACAUCAUAUACCUCUGAAGAUCUAGAAAAUGAUGAAAUAUUACGUUGGUCAAAUGGUUUACAAUUAGCUCGUGUAACUUAUUGGGGUGGAAUGAUAUCAACUCCAAAUAUUAAUUUACAAAAUGCUGUAAAAAAUGCAUUAAUUGAAAGUGGUUGUCCAAUUAAUAUAACAAAUGAACUUAUGGAAAAUAUACAUGAACAACAUUGGCCAGAAGGACUUUCAACACUUGAAACUCGACAAUUAAAUAGACGAUAUUAUGAAAGUUAUGUAUGUCGACGUAUUAUUGGUGAACAAGCAGUUGUUGUACUCAGUUGUGAUAAUCGACAUAUGAAUCAAUCAAUGAUUAGUGAACCAGGUAUUAUAGUGAUAUUUUCACAUGGUGUUAAAUGA